AGAGCCAAAAGCCGCGCCUUGCAGCAGUAGCAGCUAGCAGCCCUCGUGCACCCAGUGCUGCUGCCCAGCUUUUCCAGAUGUCCUCUCCAAACAGCAGCAAACCUUUUAUUUUUCAGAAGGGAAUUUGAUUAAAAUUCAUCCUCUCUCUCUCUGCUUCUGCCUCUCCAAGGAAGACCUCUGCAUAUUCAAAGAGCCUGCUUCGGUUAUUCUGCCCCAACAGGAAGGAGGGAGCUGGAGACAUCUGAUCACCGAGACUCCCAUCCUACCACACCCUUAGAUUUCAUUCCAGAUUCUAGGCUAAUUGGAGGGGGGAUUUAGGACACGGAUUUCUUUCCCUCUCCCCUGUAUUUCUCCCACUACACUCAAGAAUACGGACCCACCCCCUUUUUUAUGGGGCACACAAAGACAUUACGAUGCUUUCUAUGUCUAAGAACUCCUUUAAAAUUAAGCAGCCUCUUCCGGAUACAGGGCCUAGUAGUCCAAAGUCCCCCAACAUGAGUGGAAAGAGGAAUGGAAACUUUCGUUCUCUCCAGUGCAUAGCAGGUGAAUAUAUCCAAGCAGCAGCAGGUCAUGUAAAAAAAAGCAGUUGUUCCCAAGAUGGCGAAGGAUAUAUUCCUGGCACACUUUACUGUACUAAUCUAAGAGUGGCCUUCUUACCAGAUUCCUCUCCAAGCACUGAGAACGGCUCUUGCUGCCCCUUCGUGCGCAGUGACUAUGAAGUGGCCCUACCAUGUAUUGGGAAACUGGUGGCUGUGAACAGUUUCACAAAAGCCAAGGUGCUGACAAGCACAUCUACGCUGAAGUUCAUCCCUGAGGAGCUGGUCGUCUACUGCCGAGAUUUCCGGGUGCUACGGUUCCAAUUCCAUGAAAACGGCUUAGGACCUCAGGCCUUCCGGGUGACAAUGGCCAUUGCACAAGCUCAGGAGAACAGUGGCAAGGACAGCUGCUAUGAAAAUAUAGCUCUGAAGAAUUUGGAGAGCAGCUACCUGGGCAGACAGGACAAACAACUGCAGGAAGAGUUCUCAGUACUGCUUUUUGAGACCCUCUCUGACUGGGAGGAGGAGCUGAAGCGGCUUGGUGCAGCUAGCUGGCGGGUCAGCCCGGUCAACGAGCGCUUUGAUAUGUCUACCAGCCUCCCCAAAUACCUAUGGGUGCCCAGUCGAUUUCUGGACAAUGAGCUGAAAAGAGUCUUUGUGCAUUUCAACGAAAGACGGAUCCCAAGAUUGUGCUGGCAUCACCCAAGAGGCAGUGAUCUCCUUAGAGCAGCCAACUUCCACACUAACUCAGAUCCAGAGAAGGAAGAUAUGAGGGCAAUAGAAACAUUAUUGUUUGCUGGACAUUCGCAGUGUGUAAUUGUAGAAGCAACUGCUGACCUCCCCAGCCUUCCUGAGAUCCAACAGUCUUAUUCCAAACUCUGGAACCUGAGCCUUUGCCUGACCGAUGGAUCCAUUGCACCCCCUGAUGAGAAAUGGCUCUCAGGUCUGGAAAGUACACGGUGGCUGGAUCAUGUAAGAAUAUGCUUGAAGAAGGCCAGUGAAGUGACUGUACUACUAGCAGAGAGGAGUCGGUCAGUCGUACUGCAAGAAUCAGAUGACAGAGAUUUGAAUUGUUUGCUGGCUUCCCUAGUGCAAGUUCUUUCAGAUCCUCACAUGAGGACAAUACAUGGGUUCCAGAGCUUGAUCCAGAAAGAAUGGGUAGCAGCAGGCCAUCCUUUCCUGCAGCGUCUCAAUGUACUCCAUAAAAAUGACCAGGAUGAGUCACCAGUAUUUUUCCUGUUCCUGGAUUCCAUAUGGCAACUGCUGCAGCAGUUCCCACAUUCCUUUGAGUUUACAGAGGCCUACUUGAUGGCUGUGUAUGACAGCUGCUUCAUCCCAUUUUCCAGCACUUUCCUGUUCAACUGCCAGUGGGAACGAAAUCGAAAGAAUCAGAAUCGUCUUCUUAAUCAACUUUACACUCCUAUAAAUGGCUGGCAAGAAAACCUCUGUUUAGAGAUCCUGCAGAAAGGAGGCUACCCUGUCAAGAACGUGGAGCAUACAAAUUUGUCCACAAUUUGGAAUUGGCUUCUCAGAUCUAACCCCUGGCAGAGAGCACAGUUCAGGAACCCCUGGUACAAUGGGAACAACUUCAGCAAUGGAGGCACUUUGAACAAAAAUUUCGUACUCGCAAAUAGUGACAAGAUGGAACACAGUUCUUCAGAAAAAUGGACCUUGUACCUCUUUUCCAAAGGCUCUCUCAGUUUGCAAACACACAUUUUUCCUUGGAAAAAUGGGACCCUCUCCAAGAAGAGUUCUCGUCGUGUUCAGGCACUGGAGACUUCUAGAGAACAGGACAGGUCUUGGAAGACCAAAUCCAGUGGCAGCUUCAUUUAUCAUAAUGGACUGCUGCUUCUCCCAUCACAUACAGGGACUUCAAUACGAUUAUGGAAAAGGUGUUAUCUUCGGGGGAAUCCAGACGUUAAGGUUGGCCUCUUUGCUUCCAACAUUGUCAGUCUCACUGAAGAACUGGAUCUUCUUCAAAAGCGGCUAACCUAUUUGCAAGCAAGAGGAAGCUACAGCAUAGCUCUGGAAAGUGCACAAGGAGGCCAAGAGCCCAUUAAAAAUACAGAGAAAGAAAAGUUCAGUUUUGCCCUCCCCUUGAUAAUGGAUGGGCUUCCUGACCACUCAUGGCAAAUGUGAGACUCAGCUGCUGCUGCUCCUUCAUAGGAGAGCACCUAUAACAAGCCAGGUUUUAGAAACUUCUUAAACGAGGUACUGUGCUUUGUAUAUUCCUAUGCAUAGUUUUCUAAAACUAACAUCCUUCCAAGAGAACUAAAGUCCUUAUGCUGCAGAGACAGUGGCAUGCUACGUAUCUAUAACCCUGGUAUGCGGAAAGAAUUCAGUAGGCAUUUUUUCUUCUUAUUGCCUAACAGGUAUAUACCUGUAAAUGUAUUAAUUGUCAAGCAGCAUUAAAUGCUGACUCUAUAUUCAAUAUAUAGAAAUCAUCAACCCCGGAUCCUCAGGCCCAACGUGCAUAAUACACUGACAAAUGAUGCUUGUAUGCAGAAAUGUAAUCCUUUUCUCUUCCCUCGCCAUAUAUCAAGUUACUGUUUACUUUAUUAAUUCAAUGUGUACUCACUAUCUGCUGUGAGUGUGCAUGUGUGCACAUAUAUAUGGAAGAAAACCUCCACAGCCAAAAGGUAUUCAGCCUAACAAAGGCAAAAGUUGUUGCUGCCGUUGCAAGUUUGCUAUAACUUCAUUUUAUGUUAUUUCAUAAGCUUUUGUUCAGAAGAAGCUUUAAUAGCAAACAGGAAACUGUCAAUCUUAAGCUAACAGCUUUUUAAAUAAAACAAAAACCUCUGUAAACAGAAUACACCCAAA